GGGAGACUGAGCGAUAGAGAGAUAUAUACAGCAUUAAAUCUGAGCUAAAAUUGAAACUGCAAAAGAGAAUAAUAUCAAACAAAGAAGAAAUACUGGGUUUCCAUUUUCCUGUAAGAGAAGAUCCAGCGACUCUGAGAGACCCGACCCUUCUCUGCUCCAUACAAUUCCACUUGUGUUAUCAAUACAAAGCUAUUAGAGAGAGACAGAUUUGAAGGUGUGAGAUUAAUGGGGAGAGGAAGAGUGGAGCUGAAGAGGAUAGAGAACAAAAUUAACAGGCAGGUUACCUUCUCAAAGAGAAGGAAUGGAUUGCUAAAGAAAGCUUAUGAGCUCUCUGUGCUCUGUGAUGCUGAGGUUGCCCUUAUCAUCUUCUCCACCCGCGGCAAGCUCUACGAGUUUGGAAGUGCUGGUACUGCCAAAACACUUGAGCGAUACCAGCGUAGCUGCUUCACUCCUCAAGAUAACACCCUUGAACGUGAGACACAGAGCUGGUACCAUGAGGUGAACAAGUUAAAGGCCAAGUAUGAGUCUCUUCAACGCACUCAAAGGCAUUUGCUUGGAGAAGAUCUAGGGCCAUUGAGUGUGAAAGAGUUGCAAAAUCUUGAGAAACAACUUGAAGCAGCACUUGCACUUGCCAGGCAAAGGAAGACACAGAUUAUGAUUGAACAAAUGGAAGAACUACGCAGAAAGGAGCGUCAGCUUGGAGAGUUGAACAGACAGCUCAAGCUUAAGCUUGAGGCAGAAGGACAAAGCCUCAAAACCAUUCAAGGGCUAUGGAACUCUGGUGCAGCUGGAACCAGCAACUACUCUUUGCAUCCCUCUCAAUCCAACCCCAUGGAUUGUGAGGUGGAACCUGUCUUACAAAUCGGGUACCAUCAUUAUGUUCAAGCUGAAGGGUCGCCUUUUCCGAAGAGCAUGGCUGGUGAUGGUGGUGGUGAGACCAAUUUCAUCCCGGGAUGGGUGCUUUGAUCAUCCAAUAAUAUAUACUACAAAUAAAUCAAAAACUCUAGUAUAUAUAUUUGAUUUCCUAAAUGGGUUUUGAACUUGGUUUUGUAAUUAUAAUUGCCCAUAACUAUCUUUUGUCAUAGAUACUUCAAUUUAUGUAUGAAUUAAUGCUCUACAUAUUACUUUUUUUU